AUGGGUUGUAAAGUCGUCAGGUACAGUGGUAACGGCGGAGGUAGAGGUAUCGGUGGCGGUACCUCUGGUGGUGGCGGCAAGAAGAUGUCGAGGAUUUACGUUUCGAUCAUUCUUGGAGCAUUUUUGACGGUAGCUGUCUAUGGUGCACCAACAACUACAACGACACAGGAGCUACCUCAAAAUCCAUCGAUUCUCGAAGAAGCUUUAGACGUUUACGCGUCUUGUUCAGGUGAAUCGGAUCUUUCGGUUUGUCUCAAGUUAAAGGCGUUACGAUUCGUCGAUAGAGCUGCCAAAGCAGCUGACAUCAACGUCAUCGAUGGAUUCAGGAUUGUACAGAUCGAGGAAGCUAAGAGCAAUAGUCGUGCCGAUAACGCGAGAUCUUACAACGACAUAGAAAGUACUUUACCAAGCGAAAUCGAAGCAAAGGAAGCUGCGAUAGAUCAAGCCAUCAUUGACAGAGCAUCCAAAUUUCUUUCGACUCAUACAAUUGAAUUCAGUCUUCCAGAAGAUUUCUCACGUUCAUUGGACGAAGCUCGUGGAAAGAAAAAGAAGAUCGUGAAAUCCCUGUUACCAAUUUUGCUACUUCUCAAAGCAAAAACAGCCAUUUUGCUUCCGUUAGCAUUAGGUGCUCUUGCAUUAUUGGCAUUCAAAGCUCUCAUAAUCGGCAAGAUUGCUCUUAUUAUCAGUGCUAUUAUCGGACUUCAAAAGCUCUUGGCUAGCAAGAAUCAAAGUUACGAGGUCGUAGCUCAUCCGGUUCACAGUCAUGCUCAUUACGAAGCUGAUCACGGUGAUCAUCAUGGUUGGGCAAGAUCAGGUGGAUCCGAUCUAGCUUACAGCGCUUAUAAACCAUCAGAAUAG